AUGGCUGCCAGGGAUUAUGAUCAUUUAUUCAAGCUCUUAAUCAUUGGGGAUAGCGGUGAGUGAGAGAAAAAUUGUGACUUACUAUAAGGAAACCGGACUGAGAGGUAGCUAUAGUGAAAACGUCGUAAAAAUUGCCAACGACAUCAGAACAAACCGUAGUACUUGUAAAAUCAUACCGCAAUUUCCAGGUCUUUUAGCGUAUGCUAAAUAAGCCUGAUAUGGUUCGGCUGUCCUGAUAAGAGAGCUACUGUUCACAAUUGCCCUUGUAAACAAACGGGCCGUAAUUUGCUUGUGUAACACGAACGAUCAUGUUUCGAUGACUUCUGACGUACAUUGCGAACGAAUUUUGUAACCGAUAGAAGUAGUUCAGUGGUUUCUUGGUAGAGCUAGGUAUAUCUAAGCAAUUCUUUUGGUGUGUUAUGUCAGCUUUUAUGUUUACACAAUCAUAAUGUCAAGAGUUUCACAACAUUCAAACUAUUUACAAACAGCUGAUUCUAGCAUUGCUUUGAGCUAGUGUGAUCAUUAUCCUCCAACUGGCACUCAAAGCGUCGCUUGUAAAGCUUCUCUGUUAUGAUGACGGAAACCAAAGACAAAAUCCCGGGAGUUAGAACAGAAAUUUGGACAUAAAAUCAGAAGUUUAGAGGGAUUGUAGCAGAAUUUCACGCUUAAAUUUCACUUAAAUAGAACCUUGUGUUUGACGCGCGCACUUCCUUUGAAAAUACGAUGACAGGGUUGAAAUAUUGUACAAAUGAAAAGUGAGUAGAAUUAAAAUUUGAAUCAGAAAGAUCAAUGUGGGUGCAUAGCAAGUAGCAAAAUACAGUUAAUAGGAAAAAUCAUUUGGCAUUCCAACAAGGUGUCUAAGUCAGUUUGACCUCAUGACUUUUGUGUGAUACUGUACCUGUAGUGUCAAGGCUCUAGCACAUUCUUAAUCUGUACAAGCCCUGAUAAGGGAGAAUAUCUUUUAGGGUCAGUUGAUGGGAGACUCUUAGUCAAAGGUGACAGAGGUGUAAGGUUGAAAUAUCAGCUUCCUAAAUUGAUAUGAAUUAGGUAGGCUGUUAAUUUCAGUCUAUUUCAAUGCUGGGAUCUCUCUUCAGUCAUACAUGUAGAAUGUGUACAAUAGUGUAACCAAAUAAGUGCAGAAAUCGUCUUCAACCUUUUUUCUUUUUGUUCUCUUCUUAGGUGUUGGAAAGAGCAGUUUGUUACUCAGAUUUGCAGAUAAUAUGUUUUCAGGUAUAUACAUGAGAUUUUUGUUUUGAUCUCUACAGUUGAAUUAUGUAAUUUCAAAAAUGAACAGAACUGCAGGUGAUGUUUUGCAUGUACUAGCAAUAGUUUUUAAGACCAACAGAAUUGUGAGGUAAAUUUCUUACUGCUUACUUAUGAUUGGCUAAACAACAUGGUGUUUUGUCUGAAAAUUUUAUGCGGGCAACAGACAUAAAAUAAUACUGGGUAGUUUCCAGUGAACCGAAAAGGGCUGGCUUCCCUUCAUUUUAUUUCUUCACAACUAGAUUAAGUCACUGGUUGUUGCUUAUACAUACAUUAUGCAUUAUACAUGUAUGUUGCUCCUUAAGUUUGACCAGAUUGUCUUCUUUUGGGAAACUUUUUCAGGAUCCUACAUUACAACAAUUGGUGUGGAUUUUAAGAUAAGAAAGAUCAAUGUUGAUGGGGAGAUGGUCAAAUUACAGAUCUGGGAUACUGCAGGACAGGAGAGAUUUCGCACAAUAACAUCAACGUAAGAACCAUUCUGCAGUUAAAUGUCAUUUUAAUUGUAAUACAUGUUAUAAUUGCAUUUUUAAAAAAAUACAGUUUACAGCAAGCUGAUACAUAUAAAUACAAAGGUAUCAGUUUGUAAAUUAUAGAAAGAGGAGUUACACAAUGUUAGUCUAUUGUUGUGCGAGAUGAAUUCAGUAUUGCAAUGUUUAUUACCAAAAAAAAUUUAAUUGUGUUCUGGGCAAUUCAUACAGCAAGCAACACAAAUUGGCCACCAUAAAGAGUUUCAAAGCUGACAUUUUGAGCAUUAGCUCCUCCUCAUUUGCCCUGAUGAAGGGCUAUUGCUUGAAAUGUUAGCUUUACAUACUUCACAUACUUACUUUGAAACUCUUUACAAUGACUGAUUUGUUAUCAACUCAGUUGAUUAUACUUAAUUACCCUGUUAUACUCUCCCAACAGCACAGCACCACAGUUUCUUAAGAAACUUACCCCCUUUCUACUGGUGUGCCCAUCUUGGCUUGAUGAACAACACAAUGUCCUGUAUGACAAUGCAUUUACAGUCCUCCUUAAAUGAGCUAGAUCUCUGGUGAAAAUAUUGAAUAACUUUUAUUUGUUUAUGGCAUAUAAUCAACAGAUAUUACAGAGGAACACAUGGAGUUAUUGUAGUAUAUGAUGUAACAAGUGCUGAUACAUUUGUCAAUGUGAAAAGAUGGCUGCAUGAAAUUGAUCAAAAUUGUGACGAUGUCCAGAGAAUUUUGGGUGAGUCAAAUCUCAUUACCUUUAAACACGCAUGUCUUAUUGAAAUAAAUGUAAGAUAAAAUUUUCUAUUUAAUUACAUUACAAUAUAAGAAACUGAAAAGGGCUGUUAUUGCGUGUUCCUCUCGUCACCCAGAGUUGGGUCUAGGUGUUUUGGCUUCCAGUCGCUGUAUGUAUUGAUUUACGUGUAGGUUUUCUUGUUUACUGGUCAUAAAGUAAUCUUGAUGCCAUGAAUAGUUAAUAUGUACAGUGCAAUGAAAGCAAAAACAGUGACAAGAGAGCAGAACUUGCAGUCAGCACUCCAAGCUGCAGCUGUUUAGGUCAUCAUGGUGAUUGGAAAAAAAAUUUGUGAUUAAAUUUGCAGUUUGGAGACCUGGUUUAUAAUAUCUAUGGUAUUUAGUUGGUUUGCAGCUUUGUAAUUUGAUUUUGUUUUGUUUCUCCCAAGUUGGUAACAAAGAUGAUAAUCCAGAAAAAAAGGUUGUUGUAAAAGAAGAUGCUGUGAAGUUUGCAGAACAAAUGGGGAUCCAAGUAUUUGAAACAAGUGCAAAAGACAACAAAAAUGUAGAAGAUGUACGUAUUGUUCUUCCAUAUUGUAUGUUCAGGUCUGCCUUUGUUUUAAGCAAAACAGGAGAUACUCUUAGUUUGUGUAGUGAGAGAGACUCUGGUAAUGGAAUCAAUUCCAUAACUAGACACAUGCAGUAAAUUGUGAUUAAGGUUCUUUUAUAUCUGACUUAGUUAAUUAAGUCUUUAUUUUUCAUUAUUGUUAGCUAUUUUAUCAACAAAAUUUUUUUGCUUUAAUUUCUGCUUCUUAAAGGAUGUAUAUUGUGGAGUGACAUAUACUUAAAUAAUGCCAUAUUUAAGAAGGUCUUACUUAAAUUCAGCAAAACAUUUUGUUGAUAUUGUUCUUUGGAUCAAUCAAUAGAUCAGUCUUUGAGUCAGGUAGCCAAUUAAUCCGUCAGUAAAUCAAUCAGUUGUUCCAUGAAUUUACAAAUUAAUUAAUUAUCCUUUUACAUCCUAACAUUAGUAUGCAAGGUUCUCCAUAUUGUUCACUAUACAUUUUAUUUAAGAGCUUCUUGAGUCUGCAAACAUUUCCUUUAUUCUCAUGACCUUAAUGUUGGAUUCAAGGGUGAUACUGUCAGGAGAAACUACACAGUUGAUGCUUGUUGGCCAUUGGGGUAAAAGGGUAAACAAACAAAUCACUCACUCACUCAAUCAUUGAAUCAAUUAAUCGAUAAACAUCACCACCUAAACUAGUCAAUAAAUAAAUCAAUGGUUGCCAAUCAAUCAAUCUUCCAAUCAAUCAGAAUUCUCAGGUAAUCAAUCAAUCAAUCUUUGCUAAUCAGUCAAUCAAUCAAUCAAUCUUUGCUAAUCAGUCAAUCAAUCAAUCAAUCUUUGCUAAUCAGUCAAUCAAUCAAUCAAUCAAUCUUUGCUAAUCAGUCAAUCAAUCAGUCAGUGACCAAUGAGUCAUUGAAAUAGUCAGUCAAGCAGCCAGUCAGCCAGUCAACAAGCUAUGCAAGACAUCUCUUUCUUCCAUCAUGUUGUUCCAACCAUUCUGUAUGGCUGUCCUUCUGUUCGGUUUAUUCUUCAGCCAGUCAGUGAGUCAGUCUGAACUUUAUGAUUUGGUUAAAUUCAUUCUUGAACUUGCAAGCAUCCAGACUUAUUUCAUUUCAUUUUUAACACAUUUGUCUGUAGGUAUUCAAUGCAAUAACACGUAUGGUUCUACGGCAAAAGAAGGAACAACAAGCAAAGGCCAAUGAACAAUCUGGAGUAAUUAAAGUUAAAAAGGACAAAAAGAAAUCUAGGAAAAAAUUUUCAUGCUGAUGUACAAAAGCCCCAGAUUUUACAGACUUUUAGCAUCAAUACAGUGUUAACUGUGUUAGAAUAUGAACCUGUAUUUACCUUUUGGGUAAAUUGUUAAGAGGUUGUCUUUAAGCUGGCUUGAUGCCUGCAAAAUAAUGUGACUCAUUAUGCUACAUGAUUCCAUAAUUCACAGAUAUCCUGUUUUCCUUGCCAUAUUUUCCAUUGUGUACAGAUCCUGCAUUUGUGGCUUACUAUCCUAUCAAAUUUAUAGAAUUCUUUUAAUUAUUUUCAAAUUCUUGCUGUACAUUUGUGCGUUCUGGUAGAACAAAAGUGAAAAUGUACAAAUGUACCUGUAGAACUGUAUAAAACUGUUCUUUUUUUUGCCUCAAAAAAGCCACAAGCUGGCUAUGUUUGUGUUUUCUUGUGUUGCAGAUAGUAGAUGAUGCUAGUGCCAUGUAUUGCAAAGGAAGAGAGUACAAAAUCAAUAAAUUAAACCCACACAAUGAUUGAGGUUGUAGAGCUAACCAAGAUUGAUUUUUACCUAAGUUUUUUUAGUGUUGAUAAAAAACAAAUUUCAUAGGCAAGAAGCAGUUAUUUACACUCCAACUUGCUUUUAAAUCAGCCUUUACAAACAUACAUAUUUCACAAGGCAAGUUGCUAGUCUCAAAUCUAUGUGCUAAACUAGGGGGUAGGUGGGGGGAUUUUUGCUAACACUUGCUUACAGGGGAAUACAUGCAUGUACUUACAGAUAAUUUAUGGUUUCAUACAGUUCUCUCCUUUCACAGGAAAGUCCUCUUCCACCCAAAAAGAAGCCUCUACUGCAAUAUUUACUAAAUGUAGCAAAGUGUCAGUAUCAGAGUCAUUGAAAACUUAACUUUUUUAUUUUAAAAAAGUGUUUGGUUGAAAACUGACUGCCCAUUGCUUUUUCCUGGUGAUAUAACCAGUAAUUUACUGGUUUGAUUAUGAUACAAACUGUUAGUACUUGUUUAGUUCUUAUUCAGGUAUUAUUGACUAAAGUUAUUAUUUACUUGUGGUGAACAACAAUCUAUAUUUUUUAUGAAGUUUCUCAUUACCAUGACAUUAGUCAUUAACAAAUGCAAUAAACUGCCCUCUUUUCCAACUGCAUAGACUUGGAGAGUUAUCCUUUUCUUCUAAGCCUAAUUUGUUUGUUUGUGUGUUUUUCCUUUUUGGGGAUGGGGUGGCGAUGUAAGCAGCAAAGGGGCCUGGUUAUCAUUUACCAUUUUGAUCAAAAUUUAAAUACAGUACCAUACACAUAAAGCAUAGAAACAAACAAAAUAACUCAAAUAAAGCACUGUUUUAUAACUUACCAAUUCCCAUUAUUAAGAGGAUAAUCCAAAGGGAAUCUUGCAGGCUUGAGGUGAUAAAAGAUCAAUUCUUCAUUCCAUCAAACACUUGCACCCCUAAUCUACAGUGACAUUGGGC